CCUGUGGUUGAAACUGGGACUAUGCUAUGCAUAAUAGUUGCACACCCAAACAUGAUCUUAUCUCCAUUCUCCCUACACCCUUCCUUGCCACACGUUCCUUCUUCUCCCUUCCAACCUGAAGUAUAUGCAUAACAGUAAAAUAACUGCAAAAAAUAAAUAUAUAUAUAUAUAUAUAUAUACACACACACAGAGGGAGGGAGUUGUUCUUUUAGCUUUAGCUUGGCAGCCAUGGCCUCCCAUGCAGCCUUGGCCUCUUCAAGAAUUCCAACCAGCAACUCAAGGCUUGCCUCCAAGUCCUCUCGCCCUCUUCCCACUACUCAAUGCCUUUCCAAGCGAAUGGAAGUGGCAGAGUACUGUGGGCUGCGAUCUACUGGGACUGUGACUCAUGCCAAGAACAGUGCCACAGAAGCAUCCUUUUUUGAUGUGGUGGCUGCCCAACUCACUCCAAAGGCCACAGGAUCAGCUCCUCCUUCUAAGGGAGAAACAGUGGCCAAGUUGAAGGUGGCAAUCAAUGGCUUCGGACGCAUUGGCCGGAACUUCCUCCGGUGCUGGCAUGGCCGAGCAAACUCACCCCUCGACGUCAUCGUCAUCAAUGACAGCGGUGGUGUCAAGAAUGCUUCACACUUGCUGAAAUAUGAUUCAAUGCUGGGGACUUUCAAAGCAGAUGUAAAAAUAGUGGACAAUGAGACCAUCAGUGUGGAUGGCAAGCCCGUCAAGGUUGUCUCCAACAGGGACCCCCUCAAGUUGCCAUGGGCAGACCUUGGCAUCGACAUUGUCAUUGAGGGAACAGGGGUCUUUGUGGAUGGCCCUGGCGCGGGGAAACACAUCCAAGCUGGUGCUAAGAAAGUCAUUAUAACUGCUCCAGCAAAAGGUGCUGAUAUUCCAACCUAUGUUGUUGGGGUGAAUGAGAAGGAUUACUACCAUGAGGUUUCUAACAUUGUGAGCAAUGCUUCUUGCACCACAAAUUGUCUGGCUCCUUUUGUAAAGGUUAUGGACGAGGAAUUCAGCAUUGUGAAGGGAACAAUGACCACUACCCAUUCUUACACAGGAGACCAGAGGCUUUUGGAUGCUUCCCACCGGGACUUGAGACGAGCAAGGGCUGCAGCCCUGAACAUAGUCCCAACCAGCACUGGUGCAGCUAAAGCAGUGUCUCUGGUGCUUCCCCAGCUAAAAGGCAAGCUCAAUGGCAUUGCACUGAGAGUACCGACCCCCAAUGUAUCGGUGGUUGACCUCGUUGUGAAUGUCGAUAAGAAGGGAAUUUCAGCAGAAGAUGUCAAUGCAGCCUUCAGGAAGGCAGCUGAAGGGCCAUUGAAAGGGGUGUUGGAUGUCUGUGAUGUCCCUCUUGUAUCAGUAGACUUCCGGUGCUCCGAUGUUUCCUCCACCAUUGACUCCUCACUCACCAUGGUCAUGGGAGAUGAUAUGGUGAAGGUGGUGGCCUGGUAUGACAAUGAAUGGGGGUACAGUCAACGGGUGGUUGAUUUAGCACAUCUAGUCGCAAGCAAGUGGCCAGGGAUGCCUGCACCGGCAACUGGAGACCCAUUGGAGGAUUUCUGCCAGACAAACCCUGCUGAUGAGGAGUGCAAAGUUUAUGAAGCUUAGUUGGUUGAAUUUUUUAAAAAAAAUUAUUUUAAUUUUGGAGGGAGAGGACUGAGUGUUAAAGGCAAAUGGCAGUUGGGGCGAAGGUUUUUCUGUGCUUUUCAGUAUCAAAUAUUUAUCCUGUAAUGAUAGUUAAGGGAGAUGAACCAGGUUAUAAAAUUUUAAAAACAAA